AUGGCGGAACACAAACAUACCAACAUACCAAAAAUGGCCAAACACAAGCAUACCAACCUACCAAAAAUGGCGGAACACAAACAUACCAACCCAUCAAAAAUGGCGGAACACAAACAUACCAACCUACCAAAAAUGGCGGAACACAAACAUACCAACAUACCAAAAAUGGCGGAACACAAACAUAUCAACACAUCAAAAAUGGCCGAACACAAGCAUACCAACCUACCAAAAAUGGCGGAGCACAAACAUACCAACAUAUCAAAAAUGGCGGAACACAAACAUACCAACCUACCAAAAAUGGCGAAACACAAACAUACCAACCCAUCAAAAAUGGCGGAACACAAACAUACCAACCUACCAAAAAUGGCGGAACACAAACAUACCAACCCAUCAAAACUGGGGGAACACAAACAUACCAACCCAUCAAAAAUGGCGGAACACAAACAUACCAACCUACCAAAAAUGGCGGAACACAAACAUACCUACGGUGAACCCAUCAAAAAUGGCGGAACACAAACAUACCAACCUACCAAAAAUGGCGGAACACAAACAUACCAACAUACCAAAAAUGGCGGAACACAAACAUACCAACCUACCAAAAAUGGCGGAACACAAACAUACCACCCUACCAAAAAUGGCCAAACAAAAACAUACCACCCUACCAAAAAUGGCGGAACACAAACAUACCAACAUACCAAAAAUGGCGGAACACAAACAUACCAACCUACCAAAAAUGGCGGAACACAAACAUACCAACAUACCAAAAAUGGCGGAACACAAACAUACCAACCUACCAAAAAUGGCGGAACACAAACAUACCAACAUACCAAAAAUGGCGGAACACAAACAUACCAACAUACCAAAAAUGGCGGAGCACAAACAUACCAACAUACCAAAAAUGGCGGAGCACAAACGUACCAACAUACCAAAAAUGGCCUAACACAAACAUACCAACCUACCAAAAAUGGCGGAACACAAACAUACCAACAUACCAAAAAUGGCCGAACACAAACAUACCAACCUACCAAAAAUGGCGGAACACAAACAUACCAAAAUACAUGA